UUGCGACGUGACGAAAAUAGUAUAAAUUCAAUGAGCUUACUAGUUUAACAUAACAUAAUCCUCUUAUCAAUAAAGUUUCUUCCUUUUUUACUGUACUUUGUGAUGAAAUGAACGCUUUGCAUCAAUCUCAGUUAUCAUCAUCAGCUUUGAAUUGGGUCAACUCAGGUUGAAUUUCAAAGGGCUUUUUGAGAUCUUGUUCAAUAAUAUUGAAGGUUAAGAAGUCACUAGUAGGUUAUUGGUAUAGUCAUUUGAUUUGAGGGAUUUGAGCUAUGGAUACAGAUUGAGGAACUAUAUGUGCUGUGUGUUUGUGGAUAUUUAUCUUAUUUUGUGUAUCUGCACAAUUGGCUGAAUUUCGUGAUCAAUUGUUGUGUUUCAGUGUUUAUCUUUAGCUAUGUCAGAGAAGAGUAUGGUUCCCUCUAGGUUAAUGUUUUGUGUGAUGCUUAUUUCUAUGUUCCUGUUGGUUUUGUCUUCUCUUUUCUUGCUUCAGUUUAGCAGUCAUUCUUUUAUACCUAGAUCAGUUUUGGAGCUUAUUAUUGUCAAUAACUCGUCGUUUUACUUUACACCUGAUUUCAAGAGGGAACAAAUUGUGCUACCUACAGACUCUUCUGAGGAUUUAAGAUUUCAAGCCUUGAAACCUAGAGAGUCUGAUUCAAAAGUUUCCAAUUCGAGCGAGAGAGAACAUUCGGUAGAAAGACAGAUGAAUAUAGCAUGUGACCAGAAUCGGGCUCUAUUGAAAGUGUUCAUGUAUGACUUGCCUCCGGAAUUUCACUUCGGGUUAUUGGGUUGGAAGGGAAGUGUAAACCAAACAUGGCCUGACGUGGAUAACCCUAAUCAUGUCCCGCGUUAUCCCGGGGGACUGAAUUUGCAGCAUAGUAUGGAAUACUGGCUCACACUUGAUCUUCUAUCGUUGAACACUGCAAAAGCUGGUCAACAUUGUACUGCGAUUAGAGUGCAGAAUUCAAGUCAAGCAGAUAUAAUUUUCGUGCCGUUUUUCUCUUCUCUGAGUUACAAUCGGCAUUCCAAGACUCAAGUGGAGGGACAAGUUAGUGUUAACAAAAUGCUGCAAGACAGAUUGGUACGUUUCUUGAGAGGGUGCAAAGAAUGGAAACGUUCGGGUGGGAAGAAUCAUCUAAUUGUAGCUCACCAUCCUAACAGCUUGUUGGAUGUGCGAAGUAACUUGGCUUCUGCUAUGCUUGUGCUUGCGGAUUUCGGAAGGUAUCCUGUUGAGUUAGCAAAUAUCAAAAAAGAUAUAAUAGCUCCCUAUAAACAUUUGGUGGCUACUAUACCAAGAGCAGAAUCACCUUCAUAUGACGAACGUUCCACACUCGUGUAUUUCCAGGGGGCGAUCUACAGAAAAGAUGGAGGAGUUAUUCGCCAAGAACUGUAUUACCUCCUCAAAGAUGAGAAAGACGUGCAUUUUACAUUUGGGAGCAUAGGAGGAAAUGGAGUUAAUCAGGCAAGCCAGGGCAUGUCGACGUCCAAAUUCUGUCUUAACAUAGCUGGAGAUACUCCAUCUUCCAAUCGACUAUUUGAUGCCAUAGUAAGCCAUUGUGUUCCUGUGAUCAUCAGUGAUGAAAUUGAGCUACCGUAUGAAGAUGUUUUGGACUACUCAGAGUUUUCCUUGUUUGUUCGCGCCGCGGAUGCCAUAAAGAAAGGCUACCUGUUGAAUCUCCUUCAUUCAAUCAAGCGCGAGGAAUGGACCAAGAUGUGGGAAAGAUUGAAGGAGAUUACACAUCACUACGAGUAUCAAUAUCCAUCCCAGCCCGGGGAUGCAGUGAACAUGAUUUGGCAGGAAGUUGUGCGGAAAAUAUCUUCAAUUCAGUUCAAUUCACACAGGAAGAACAGAUACAAUAGAUCUCAGCUUCUUGUCAAGACUAACUGAAAUGUUGAGAUUGUGUUUUGAUGAAAUCAUUUGACCUUGGUUGCAUUCAACAUAUCAACGGGAGACUUAUGUGUUUUCAUCUUCUUAAUAAAAAUUUAAGUAUUAUUUUCCAA